CAGGCGCCGCAGCGCCCCGCCGACGGGAGGCCCCGCUUGGCCCACGGGCGCGCGAACAAUGCCGUCGUCCGGGAGGAGGACUCCGCAGGAGAGCGGCGAGGCCGAGGCCGUGGCGGAGGCAGGGGAUGAGCAGCUCGAGGGCGCCGAGGACGAGAAAGAGGAGGAGGAGCACGAUGAGGACGGAGAGGCUGGCGACGACGGCGAGGACGGGGAGGGCGGCGCCGAGGGCGAGGUGGCGCAGGGGCUGGACGACGAGAUGGCGGCGAAGAACUUGACCUACAACGCCAAGGACGUCAACGACCAGGUCUUCGAGGAGCUCCACCUCGGGGCAAUGGCGGCCGAGGUGCAGGGCGCGUGGAACGAGUUCCUCCGCAGCGCCGAGUCGCGCGAGGCGGCGGGAGAAGCGAUUUACGCCGCGGUGUUCGACGCGGCGCCGAGCCUGCAGGCGUUGUUCAAGACGCCGCGGGCCGUCAUGGCCAUGCGUUUCAUGAACGGCUUGAACCAGAUCAUCGCAAGCCUGGCGGACCCCAAGGGGCUGAAGGUCGUGGUCGAGACCCUGGCCUUCCAGCACCUAGAUCUCGAAGUGACCAUUCCCCGGACGGUGAUCUUCCGCGACGCCAUCGUCGACCUCCUUGCCGUCGAGCUGGGCGCGCGCCUCGCCAAGAAGGCCCGCGAGGGCUGGUACAUCAUGCUGAACUACGUCGGCGGCGCCUACAUCUACACUCGGCUGAAGUUCGCCGACCGCCUCAAGGUCCUGGCUUCCAGCUGGGCCACUGCGAACAACAAGAAGGAGGACGAGUUUGCCGAAGCGAUGGCGCCCGCUGAGGACGAGGAGAAGGAGGGCGAGGAGAAGGGCGAGAAUGAGGGCGACGAUGUGAAGAAAGCAGUGGACGACCAGCAGGAGAUCAUGAUGGGCGCCAAAAAGGACGCACCGAGCGUCAAGAAGAAGAAGCAGAAGUCUCGGGGCUGGGGCUUUGGCUCCGCCAAGGACGCAGACAAGCAGGGGCCAGGCCACGAGAUGAUCAAGAACUCAGAGGAGGCUGACGGCAGCAGCUUCAGGAACACCUCUGUGCCCACGACCUACACCGAGAUGUUCUUCUUCAACGCGGCUGUCAUGGGUUUCGGGCAGAGCACCUGGAUGAACGAGGUGCUGGCCUCCUUCGACACGAUCGUCACGAACGUGGCCAACUCGUACCGCCUGCAGGAGGAGUGCGACGUGCUGUCGCUGCGCAUCGCGAAGUACAGAGGCCAGAUCAACCUCGGCGAGUACAAGGCGGUGAUGCUGGCCUCCCUGCGCUCCCUCGUCCCCAAGGACUGGAACUCCCAGCACGAGGUGGCGUGGACCUGGCUAUGGGAGAACGUGGAGAGGAUGCUCAAGGCGCACAUGGGAAAGCCGGCGGCGCAGGAGAGGGCGCUGGACAAGCUGUGGGCGAACCUGGACGAGACGUCCCAGGCCAUGGUCCGCCGGGAGGUCUACUCCAAGUUUUUCAUGCUGGCGCCGGCGGGGCAGGACUUCUUCAAGCAAUCGACCACCCGGUUGCACUUCAUUGCCGACCGCAUCGUGUCUAUGACUUUGGAGAUCUUCAAAGACCCCAAGAAGAUGGUCGAGGACAUCUCCGCGCUCGGCCUGCGGCACGUGGGGUACGGCAUCCCCACGGACCUCUUCGGGCCGUUCGUCACGGCCUGCGUGCAGGUCGUGCGCAGCCUCACCGACGACGACGUGGCCGAGGAGGCCUUCAGGUGGUCGCUGAGCCUGAUCUCGCGCAUCUUGACGCGCGUGAUCACGGAGGGUUCAACAAUCGUGAUGAAGGCGAUCAACACAAACUCCGGGAAGGCGCUGAAGAAGGCGGUGGCGUGCGCGCCCAGGGGUAAGCGGGCGUUGUGGAUGCUGAAUAUCCAGGUCGGCACGCAGUCGAUCUCUCCCUUCAUGUGGGCCAUCGAGACUGGCAGUCUCGAGGCGGCCAAGGCUAUCAUCGUGGACCUCUUGACCAUCAGGGCGGAUCGAGACCGCUACUAUUACGGCAUGGACACCCUGUUCGAGCGCCACCCCGACGUGGUGAAGAGGCUCUGCGUCGAUGCCCCCGCGCUGCUGGUCACGCUGUUCGACGGCCUGGUGUGGCGCUCGCGGACCACCGAGAACGGCCAGAGGCGGGUGAACUACUACGUGAAACACCUGCUGACCGACAGCGACGGAACUUUCUCGAAGGCCAUCGAGUGGGUGACCGACAACGGCGACCCGAAGAUCGUGUGCCACCCGGUGAUCUCAAUGGUGACAGACGUCGUCUGGAGCCGCAUCGCCUUCAGGACCUUCUUAAUGGGCAAGAUGUGGCUGCUCGUCACGCUGGUGGUGUUCAUCUGCGGCACCUCUGCGAUGAAGCACACCAAGAAUGGCGUAGACAACGAGCCCAUUCGCUACACCAUCACCGCUUGCCGAUGCUUUAUCUACAUGUUCAGCCUGGGCCAGUGGAUGUAUUACCACGCGAAGCACACGUUGAAGGACAUCCGCUCCAGGAACUUCGUGCACUUCGGGAUCAUCCCGCUGCCAGAGUACCUCACGGGCUUCCAGGACGCCUGCAGCUGCAUGCUGACGCUCUGUCUCGUGUCGAUGAUAGCGAUGGAGCCGAUCCUCCACUGCUUCCCGCACAGGGACGAGGACUUCGAGAACAACGGCCUCUUCACGGAGGUGUGUCCUCAGGCCAAGGGCUUGCGGAAGUCCUACAGCGUGGUGGCUGCCCUGGCAACCAUCAUGUACUUCUCGCUCACCAUCGAUCUGUCGGUGUUCAGCACCCGCGUGUCCGCCUUCGUGCUGGUCAUAUUCCGCGUGCUUGCCGAGGUCGCUCUCUUCCUGUUCGGGCUGGUCGCCGUCAUGCUCAGCUUUAGCUGCGCCGUGAGCGCGCUCGAUCACAAUCACAAAGACUUCGAGGGCAUCCUCGCGUCAGCAUUGUCUAUGAUUGAGAUCACGUUCCACAUGUACGACACCUCACAGUACGCGAACAUGGUGAAUGAGCAGGCGGUCUUGGUGGCCGUCAUCUUGUAUAUCAUCACCACAGUCGUGUUCUUCUCCAACUUGCUCAUUGCGCAGCUGAAUUGCGCGUACCAGUCGACAUAUCAGGAUUGCGCGCGUGACCUUGAAGAAGUACAACUCGCACCUCGAUGCGGUGAGCUUCGCGAUGAGCCCCCAGCCCUGGCAUGUCUCACUAGGACAAGAACGCGCCGACGCCCUGGCCCAGAGAGGCUUGGCCAAGGCCAUGAGCUUCGCGUCGGAUCUGCGGUGGCAGAAGUUCUUGGCGUCCCUGCGGCUGGACGAGCGCUGCGAGUUCGGCGAGGGCGACAUCGGGCUCGCUGGCGGCAUCCAGGUCCUGGAGCCCGCCAGCACGAACAUCACCACGGUUGACAUGAUCCGCCGCUUCGGAGGCUCGACAUCGCCGCUGGCGCAGUGGCCGGAGGACGACGCCCUCGGAGAGGACGAGGACGACCGCAUGGAGCGCCUGGAGAAGCUCAUCGACAAGGCCGUGAAGCGCAUGGCGGGCAGCCGCGGGGGCAGGAGGCAGGCGGGCACGAGCAGCGGGCAGGGCGGCAGCUCCAUGGGCCAGACCGUGUCCAGCGAGUCGGACCACGAGCCCAGCGACGAUCACGAGUGAACGGACCAGCGGACCCAGUUUUAUGUAAUCGCUUCGCUCAUUCCGCCGGCCCA